AUGGGGUCGCACCCCGUAACUCGACCACACUGCUGCCCUUGCCCCUUGCCGGACCGGGCUGGGUCGCACCGGGGGUCGCGUCCCGCCCGCCUCCGGGGCUGCCCCGUCCUCGCACCCUCCCCCACGGCGACCUCCCGCCGCCAGGGGGCCGUCACCUCCGCGAAGCCGCUCCGCUCGCUCUCGUCUGUCCAGCCAAUCAGCGCGCGGCGUUUCGGCGGGAAGGCGGAAGUGGCGCUGCCAGGCGCGGCCAUGGCGGAGGCGCGGCCGCUGCGGCUGCUGGCGCUGCACGGGUACCGGCAGAGCGCCCGCCGCCUCCGCCAGCGCACCGGCGCGCUCCGCAAGGCCCUGCGCGGCCGCGCCGAGCUGGUGCCCAUCGACGCGCCGCACCGCCUGCCCGCCAGCGCUGAGGACGACCCCGACGGGGAUGAUCCCCCCCGCGGCUGGUGGUUCUCCGGGCCCGGCACGUUCGAGGCGGGCGAAGCGGCCGCGGCUCCGGCGGGGCUGGAGGAGUCGCUGUCGGCCGUGGCGGCGGCGCUGGCGGAGCACGGGCCCUUCGACGGUCUGCUGGGCUUCAGCCAGGGCGCGGCGCUGGCCGCCAUGGUGUGCGCGCUGCGGGCCCGCGGCGACCCGCGCUUCCCGGUGGCCUUCGCCGUGCUGGUGGCCGCGUUCGCCAGCCGCGCCCCGGCACACGGACACUUCUACCGGGAGCCCAUCGCCCUGCCCUCGCUGCACGUCGUGGGCGACACGGACGCCGUGAUCGCAGCGGCGCUGAGCAGGGAGCUGGCGCAGUGCUUCGUGGAGCCCGUGGUGCUCUCGCACCCCGGCGGGCACUUCAUCCCCGCGGCUGCGGCGCAAAAGAAAGCCUACCUGGAAUUCCUGGAACGCUUCUGCCCCGGGCAGGGCCAGGCCGAGCGCCCAGAGGCUGGGGAGGCUCGAGAAGGGGCUCUGUAAUAAAGAAGGGCUCUGGUGAGCCAUGUGCAGCCACCCAUCCUGUGAAACAUCACUGUUUCCGUGCCUCCAGAGGGACCAGAGAACAGCUCACUGCACAUUCUGCUCUUCAGUGUUCACCCAGGCCAGGCUAAAUGGUUCUUUUAUCUCCCUUUUUUUCAGCUUUGUUGUAUACAUCAGUAUAAAAUACAUACGUAUAUAUA